UUUAUAAUCGAAGCAUGACUGAUAAAGAGAAUGGUUGGCCAGACAACCCAGGAUGGUCUGAGCUAAAACUUCCAGAUUUGUUAUUGGUAGACAGUGUACGUGAAAUCCAUGCCAGAAUUGAGGCUGAAUGGGAUUACCUCCAACGCUCGGCAUGUCAAAUGGCAGCAGGAAGAGCGCUUUGGAAGCACGUGAUCCAUGAUCCACUGGCUGAGUUACUGGCUGGAGAAGCAUGCCUAAGAAACCUUCAUGAGAAAAUAAAGAAAGAUCGAAGCAACAAUGCAAGAGAGAUUUCUGGAGUGAUUCUUGCUGUUCGCACUCUCUGGUUUGAUUCAAAAAUUGAAGGUGCUCUGACAUCCAUCAAUGGCAGAGAUUCACAGGUCGUUCUCCUUGGUGCAGGAAUGGAUACGAGGGCUUACAGAUUAAGUUGCUUGAAGGAAAGUGACGUUUUUGAAGUUGAUUUCUCUGAGUUGUUGCAAGCGAAAGCCACUCUUCUAAAUGCUGCAAUAGAACCUCCAAACGGGCAUCAUCAUCAACAAAAAGCAAAAUCGUUAAACAGAGUAGCAGCUGAUAUCAGAAGUAAUGACUGGCUUGAAAAGCUUAAAACAGCUGGUUUUGCAUCAGAGAAGAAUACAGUGUGGGUUCUAGAAGGAUUACUCUACUAUCUUACCCAUUCCCAGGCGCUGCAAGUGUUGGAGACAAUAGCUGACCAAUGCACCAUAACCCACACAGUCCUCUUAGCAGAUUUUAUGAACAAGCCCUCAACCACUCUUUCAAAUUCUGUCUUCCAUUUCUACUGCGAUUGGCCUGAUCAUCUACUUCCGUCCCUUGGAUUUUCUACCACUACACUAUCACAGAUUGGAGAUAUGGAUGCACACUUUGGACUUAUGCACGAUCCAUUAAAUCUCUUCAAUAAAAUCCGCAGUCUACCUAGGUCAUUGCAGACUCACCCUGAUGAUGGAAAACCUUGCUGCCGCUUGUACUUGGUACAGGCUUCUGGUUCACCUCAGCUACAACCGUCCCAUAAAGACAACCCACAAGUAAGAAAAUCUCUGAGUGAGUAGGUUGGAUGAAUGUCAGACGUCACAUCUACCUGCUACCUGCUUCAUUACAACUAUCCCAAGGAGAGCAUGUCGUAUUAUACUGCCCAAGGUUUCUACACCAUACCAUAUCAGAGGUGUAGUCAUACAUGUGGAAUUCGAGUAUGUCAUGUGUAAACUAUGCAAUUAGAACAAACUUGGACCUAAAUUGUGCAUUCUGAAAGAAGUAGAUUACAAGCAUUCCACUA